AGUAAACAGCUCGCCUCUGCACACCUUAUCACUCUCGUGCAGGCACGUAACCGCGUGGCGCUAUCCAUGAUAUCUAAAAAAUAACAAGCCCAGCGCAAGCUGCUUCAGAAGCAUUUGUUGCGUGUUUGUCCUCCAGUUAUGCAGACAGACAACAGAAAGCAGGAGUGUUCCUGUUUACAGAGAAGACAGAAAGGACGAUGAACAACCGCCUGGCCCGGCUUUGGACACUUUACGUGAUGUCCUGCGCCAUCGUAACAGCGAGCACUGUCCAGGGCGCACGACAUUUCGAAAAGAAAGUGUCUAUAAUGCUGAAAGAGGUGCCAGAGAACCCCAAGUGCUUUGCUGAGGGCAGGAAAGACUUCAUCUGCUUCUGGGAGGAAGACGAGGAGAGGGCCGGAUCUGUGGAUCAGUACACUUUCACAUACACCUACCAAAAAGAAAACAGUAACAGGUGCCCACUGAGAGCCCUGCAUGCUGCGGGCGGGAAGACGCUGUUCAUGUGCCAUCUGAAUCGAACCCAGAUGUUUGUCCAAAUGGACAUACAAGUUCAUCGAGAGGGAACACUGAUCCACAACCGCAGCCUCCUUGUUGAGCUUGUCUUUCUUCUGGACCCUCCAGCUAAUGUGACAGUAAGCCGUUUGGGUCAGCAAGGCCAGCUAAAUGUUAGCUGGGUGCCUCCCCCUCUUAAAUACAUGGAUGACAGUAUGAUGUACGAGGUUAGCUAUUCUACAUCUGACAGCUUCAAGUGGCAGGUAGAGGUAGCAAAAGCAAACUCAAAAAUGAUCCUGAGAGGCUUGCAGCCAGGUACAAAUUACAAAGUGCGAGUCCGUGUAAAGCUCGAUGGGAUAAGUUAUAACGGCUAUUGGAGUGCCUGGAGUGAUCCUGUGUACAUGGAAACACCGCCUGCAGAACUUGACCUGCUCAUUGUUUCCCUGACUCUUAUCAUCUCUUUCAUCCUCAUUGUCCUGUCUCUCACAAUGCUUCUGUACCAUCGCAAAUUUCUUGUAAAAAAGAUUUGGCCAAAUAUCCCAACUCCUGAUGGCAAAUUCCAAGGCCUUUUCACUGUCUAUGGUGGGAACUUUGAGGAGUGGCUGGGCCAGUUCAAUGGAGGGUUAAGGCUGACUCAAGGUUUUCUAAACUCAGAAGAAUGCCCUUCUCUCCUGGAAGUUCUCUCAGAGCUAAGCCUGUGCCCCUCACGGCCUUCCCCACCUCUGCCACCCAAGGCCUCUAGAGCUUUAACUACAGGCGGACAGGAUGAAAGGGAUGCAAAGAAAGGGCUGGAGAGGAGAGUGCCAUUGCAAAGGGGGGAUUCAGCUUCAUCAGAGGGAUGGAGAGUCACACCCCAUGACCACUGGCUAAUGGACUGUUUACGGGCUCUCCAACAUGACACAAUUCCUAGUUCCCAGUCCUCUCUGCUGGAAUCUCGAGAUGCUUAUGUCACCCUGAGCACCAACAACUGCAUCAAUGAUGAACACCUGGAUGACAUUCUUGAAGAGGCCUCCCCCCUUGAGGUGCUUUUUGCUUCAAAAAAGACAGUGCUAGGUGAAUCCCAUUCUGACCUGGGAUCUGUUCAGCAUAGCUCUGGGUCAGGCAGACUAUCAUCGCAGUCUAGCCUUGAGUAUCCAAACCACGCCUGGAAGCCCAGAGGUCCCGGAUACAUCUACAUGGCAGUUGCAGAUUCUGGAGUCUCUAUGGAUUACAGUCCCAUGAGUAGAACAGAUGACAUUGGAAAAAUGGUUAUCUACACCAAUGAAUAUAAGAAUGAUGUUCCUGCUCAUCGGAGACCAUUCCUGUCAAGGCAGCAUCCUGUCAAUGAUGAUGAUGGCUAAGAUGAUGCAAAGAUGGAAAGUUUCAACAUGGACUACAGCUUCAAACAGGCUCUGUGAAGACAUUUGAAUUUAACCCUAAGUUAUGUAAACCCUCAUCAACUGUUAAGAAAGGUGUUCUAAGAAAUCAGGAGCAGACUUUAAGGAUAGGGCUGGUGAUACUUUAACAUGUAAAGAAUAGAGAAAACUAGCAACAACCCCGUCCCUAAGUGUUACCUGUUUGCUGUAGCCUGAUAGCUAUAGCUACACUUCAGAAUGGUAAGAUAAUAAAUUAAGGUACACCAUUUGCGUGAUGUAAGCUUUUCCCAACAUUAAAGUCACAUAAAUAAUUAAGCCCAAAGAUUAUCAGUCUAAUAUGUAACUUCAUCACUAGGGGAGAGGGGUGAGGGGUUGAGCAUAAUUAUACAGAAAAAACACAAGGUUUGAAUCUCAAAACAAUUGGCUUACACAUUUCUGCAUGGCUAAAAAUUUUUUUAAAAAUGUGUUUGGAAUAUUUUUUUCCUAAUUACAUACUUUUUUAUGGGUCACAUCAUUGUGUCCUCAUCACAGCAUAUGUUUUGAGAGAAUACUUAUGUUAAAUAUCUCUUUUAUUCCUCUGGGGUUUGCUUUCAAGAUAUAUUUUAUUUAGUGCUCUUGGUUUCUCAGAGUCAAAUAUUUUUUCUGCACUGAUUUUUUUAGUGUAUUUUUGUUUUUGUAAAAUACUUUCAGUGAUAUCAACCAUUGAUGUCUCACUUGCUUUAUUAGUAGUUUCCCACCUGAAGGCUAGGACCCCUUAAAUUGUUACAACAUAAGCAAAACAGAAAAAUAUUCUAUUGUUUUAUUGUUUAAUAAUUUUUUAAACAUAGAUUUAAGACACUGAACAUUUCAACUUAUUAAAUCGUGUACAUGUAAAAAUACUGGUCCUGUUGUCUUUAAAAGCAUGGGCAGCAUAACAACAUAUUUAAUCAGUGUAAACACAACAAGUGUAAGUGAAGACUGACUUUAAUCAUGUUAACUUGCCAAUUUGCCAGCGCAGUCAUGUCAGGUAGAAGAAGGGCAAAGAUUUACAAUUGAAAUCAGGAACAAUGCUUAACUUUUAAGGCAGUGCGGCAGGUACUAUUAAACUGUACAAUUACACUGUAGCUUAACUUAUCGUCUCCAGAAACACCCAAGACCUUCAAUUAAAAGCUGAGCAAUGCCAAAAAAGCAAUUUCUGUGAACAAAACUAGUCUGCAGGUGAAGCAACUGAUCUUCAAAAACCACUCCA